CAAGAGCUAAUUCAGACGUGUUUAGAUCUUGUGGACGUUUGUUUAUAGUUUAUAUUGAAAAUAAUUAGACAGAAAGCAUAAAACAAAACAAACAACUUGAAAAAAAUGCGUGGUACCAAAAUAUCUGUGAUUAUACUUGGAGGUGCACUUUUUACAAUAAUGGUGGCUUAUUCAGUAUUUGGGGAUAACAACGAUGAGAAAGGGCUCAAAAAUUUACGUAUGAUUUCCAUUUUGUUCCGUCAUGGCGAAAAAAAUCCUUCUUCUUUCUAUCCGACUGAUCCACAUAUUUUGCAUGAUUGGCCCGGUGGAUUAGGUGCCCUAACACAGACUGGUAAAUUACAAGCCUACAACUUAGGUAAGAACCUACGUAUGCGCUAUUAUCGUUUAUUACCUUCAAAUGGAAUUUACACACAACAACAAGUGCAUGUGCUCAGUUCCGCUGCAGAGCGUUGUAUUAUGAGUGCUCAGGCAGUUUUAGCAGGUUUUAUGCCACCGCUGGAACAUAACAAUGUACUACCUAUAGCCUGGCAACCAGUGCCUGUAAAUACAAUACCGCGUAUGGAUGAUACGCUCUUAGCACAGAAGAAACCAUGCCAGAAAUAUGAUACAAUAUUACAAAAACUAUACAAGAAUCCGCCACCAGAGUUACGUCAACUAAAUGAAGAAAAUGCCGAACUUUAUAAGUUGUUAUCAAAAAAUACUGGAAAGAAUAUAUCGAGUGUUUUGGAUAUAGAGCAGUUAUACACACUUUUACAAAUAGAAACAGAAGCUGGACUUGCUAUACCUGAUUGGGCGGAAAAUAUAUUUCCAGAUCGGCUUGUACCAUUAGCAGAACGAAGUUACACUUUCUUCACCGAAACGAAUUUAAUGAAAAAAGUCAAAGGCGGUGCAUUCAUUUCCGAAAUACAUAAAAAUAUGCUUAGCAAGCAUAAAAAGAAUUUGAAUCCGGAUCGAAAAAUAUUUUUGUAUGCGGGUCAUGACGUUACGCUAGUCAAUGUAAUGAAUUCUUUAAAUAUCUUAAGUCAAACUGCAAAAUUACCCGAGUAUGCCUCAGCCUUGGUAUUUGAAUUGCACCAUAGUUCAUUAUUUAAAAAUGAUUUUGAGGUCAAAAUUGUUUAUUACUACAAUAGUGAUGACAAAUUUCCCAAAGAAUUAAGUAUACCCAACUGUGAUGCACCUUGUUCACUGACCCAAUUCAGUGAAUCAAUCCAUUCUUUACUUUUGGAAAAUUAUGAUGAAACAUGUGAGAAUCCAGCGGCAGAUUGCAAAACUUAAUUAGAAUUAAAAUUAUUUAUUGUUAACAAAAAUAUAAUUUGUUUGUUUUAAAU